UAACGAAAUACAAGAUCAGAUCCGGGAGCUGGACAGGAAGGUGGACGAGUUGACACAAAUGGUCAGCGAUCUGCAGCUUGGACAGGAGUACCUUCGGCAAGCCAUCCUGUACGCAAGAGACGAACUACGACUGAGGAACAUUAUGGAGACACAUGCUGCAAUGCAAAUCAGAGAUGGACAGUACGUGCUACCCGGCCACAACAUUCAAGAUUGGGCAGACAGUGUCCUCAGUCACGGUUCGGAUGGAGUAGAUCAGGUUUUGUACAAUCUGUUGGAGAUGAUGAAACCGCAGUCAGGACUCUUUGGUGGAAAGUCACUGUUUGACAUAUAUAAAGAACCUCUCAUCAACGACAAAAACCGCUUCGAAAAGCUGAAUCAAAAAGCGGCGCAGAUCUAUGGGCUCAUUGGAGGUGGAUAUGCUGUGUGGAUCACGGCUCUGCGAAUCAAGGGGCGUACAAGUGACAUCCCAGCCAAGGCAGAAGAAAUGGAAAGGGAGCUUGCUACUGUGGGAUCAUCUCUGCAAAAGUAUAUUGAAACAUCAUGCCAGGACGGAAAUGGGGCUUUCUACCGAGGAACAGUCAGUGUCACCGGAACAGGCAAGCCGUGUCAGCGCUGGACCAGUCAGUCACCUCAUGAACACAGCUACACACCUGCUAACUACCCGUCAUCCGGACUGGAGCAGAACUACUGCCGGAAUCCGGACGGCGAAUCGGUACCCGGAGUUUGGUGCUACACCACGCACCAGGGCACUAGAUGGGAGUAUUGUGACGUGCCACAAUGUAACGAAGAAACAUGUCAGAGGGGAAAUGGGGUGUCCUACAAAGGAACAGCCAGUGUCACCGAAUCAGGCAAGACGUGUCAGCGCUGGGACAGUCAGACACCUCAUGAGCACGGCGUGACACCUGCUGAAUAUCCGUCAUCCUUGCUGUUGAAGAACUACUGCAGGAGUCUGGGUGGCGACUCCAGCGCAUUCGGAGUUUGGUGCUACACCACCGAUCCCAGCACUAGAUGGGAGUAUUGUGACGUGCCAGCAUGUGCCGAACCAUGUCAGGUAGGAGAUGGAGUAUCCUACAGAGGAACAGUCAGUGUCACCGAAUCAGGCAAGACGUGUCAGCGCUGGGACAGUCAGUCACCUCAUGAGCACAUCGAGACACUUGAUAACUACCCGGAAGCUGGGCUCUUGAAGAACUACUGCAGGAGUCAGGGCGGCGACUCCAUCGCAUCCGGAGUUUGGUGCUACACCACCGAUCCCAGCACUAGAUGGGAGUAUUGUGACGUGCCACGCUGUUAAAAAUAAUCUGGAUUUGCGGAGUGGUGCGGGCUACCUGUCAGUGCAAACAGAAAACCUUCUUUAUGCAACCCUGUUGGUGUUAUCCUACUGCUCUUAAAACAAAUGCUACAACACUGCAAACCACUGCAGCUAUUGUGUCAACCACUUUAUUUACUGAUGGGCCUGUUUUCGGUACCCGUUUCUCUCUCUUUCUUUCUCAUCCUAUGUCUUUCUUCCCUUUAUUCAUUCUUGCGUGGAAAAAAAUAAAUAUACUGAAAGGUUCUGGCUUGAUACAACACAAGCACGCAAAAAGGAAAAGAAAAUCUUAAAAUUGCCCUCUUUGCGUUGGAUCAUGUUGAAACCUUUCAAUGACUACCGUAUCAACACGGAAUAGACAUUUCAUUCUACGGUGUGUUUCUAUAAGUCCUUUUUGAGGUCCUUGAGAGUGUUCAGGUAACUCUCCUGCCUUUGUAAUUAAGACCUCCUACAAAGGCUGAUCAGACUGAAGUCAUGUGGUUACAAGGUACAUCAUCCUUUGGAUCUCUUUACCACAGUUUUUUUCAUCUUUUCUUAAUCAUGGCAUUGUUUACUGGCGUUUACAAAUUCUACUUUCCAACAUGUAACCCCUGACUUCAGUCACGUUGAGUUUGUUACAUUUUUAUUUGCUUUUUGCCAUUACCCUUUUAGAUACAGGCACACAAUAUCCCUCUAGAGACAGAUAACAAGUUGUCAACAUCCAGAGUUUGAACAGGAUUUUAGGAAGAUAGUCUGUGAAUGUGGAUCUUGUAAUAGAGGAAGACGCUGUACCAACAGAUACAAGUGCACAAUAUCCUUUUGAUGACAGAUAUAGUACCGAGUUCACUCGGUGAAAAGUGAGAAACUAUCAGAUUGUGAGUUGUCCUGAAUAUUAGGAAUGCAACAAGUCUCGAAGGAAAUUGUGCUUCUGUCACAGAAGUAGACGAUGUGGUUCUACAUUAUUCCUUUUUAUAACCAUUUAUUUAGAUACAGGCACACAAUGUCCUUCUGAUGGCAUUAGUUAUACCAAUAUCACUUGGUGAAAAUUGAAAAACAUCCAGAUUGAGAGUUCUUACGAAAUAAUAUCAGACAAGUCGAAAGGAAGGGUGACUUUGGCAUAGAAGUAGACGUUGUGCCAAUAGAUUUUGAAUUUUAUUGCUUUUUAUUACCAUUUAUUUAGAUAAAGGCACACAAUGUCCUUCUGAUGACAUUAGUUAUACCAAUAUCACUUGGUGAAAAUUGAAAAACAUCCAGAUUGAGAGUUCUUACGAAAUAAUAUCAGACAAGUCGAAAGGAAGGGUGACCUUGCCAUAGAAGUAGACGUUGUGCCAAUAGAUUUUGCAUAUUCUAUUGCUUUUUAUUACCAUUUAUCUAGAUACAGGCACACAAUGUCCUUCUGAUGACACUAGUCAUACCAAGUGUACUUGGUGAAAAUUGAAAAACAUUCAGAUUUUGAGUUCUUACGAAAUAAUGUCAGACAACAAGUCAAAAGAAAGGGUGACUUUGGCAUAGAAGUAGACGCUGUGCCAAUAGAUAUUGCAUAUUUCAAUGAUUUUUUUUGCAAUUCAUUUGGAUAAAGGCACACAAUGUCCUUCUGAUGAUAUUGGUCAUACCGAGUGUACUUGGUGAAAAUAGAGAAACAUUCAGAUUGAGAUUUCAUUGAAUUAUGAAAGACAGCAAGUCUUAAAGAAUUGUGACUUUGUCAUAGAAGUAGACGCUGUGCCAUAUGAUUUUGCUUAUGUUAUUACUUUCAUUACCAUUUAUUUAGAUAAAGGCACACAAUGUCCUUUUGAUAACAGAUAUCAUACCAACUUUACUUGGUGAUAAGUAAUCAACAUUCAGAUUGUGAGUUUUCCUUAAUGUUUUGAAGACAUUAUUAAGUCUUAAGAAAUUGUGAUUCUGUCAUAGAAGUAGACGCUGUGCCACUAGGUAUUUUAUUCGUUGCCAAUGAUGUUGAUACAGCCACCUGAUUUUGAGACCGAUACCACGUCUAUCAUAGAAAACAGGCUGUUAGUCCACCACAGCAGUCAAAAUACAAGUAACACCAUCUACGCAUAGAGGUGCUGUAUCUAUAUCAUUGAGUUCCAUUUUCGAAAGUAUAUUUUUUGCUAUUUACCAUAGGGAACGGUAAGUGAAGUUUAGACCCCAGUUGAAAGUCUAACACAAAGUAAAAACUGUUCCAUCUAAAGGGAAAAGGAAAGCAUAUACUCUGGUCUCAGAGUUAACAUUUGUAUGGAACACCACUUGAAACUCGUAUGAACACUGUUCAUAUUGAAAAAAAGCUGCAUUGCUUUCCUUUGUCACAUGUGUGACUUUCUUCUGUACAUCAAUGACGUCAGCAGAUUUGUAAGAUCAUGUUAUGAUAGAAAAUGUAUGCUGACGACAAGGCAAAACGACGUAUCAGUCAUUAUCUCAUUAUCCCUUAUAGGAUUAGUAAUGACCUGAGUUGAAAAAAACACACUGUGGUAACGGUAACGAUCAUGUUAAGGAAACAACUAAAAGCGGAAUAUUGCUGUCGAAUUACAUUAAAUCUAUCCUUAUCACCGGAAGAUAAACAAUGAAAACUAUUGUUACUACCAAGUCUUUUAAAACUAAAGCAGUUACCAACACUGCUAUAUCUGCUGUCUGUCAUUGAGACUGGCGAUGUUAAGGAUUCUGAAGAUAUGGUUCUUUGUUUCUUUGCGUACUCUAAUAAAGCUUAAAUGGUUGCAGUUUAA